GUUCCUAGUCGGAUUCGUUAACCACUGCACCACGACGGGAACUCCAAUGCCACAUUUUCUGCCAGAGUUGCCUAACAGGAAAGAGGCAGGGAAAAGAACAAAUGUCACCUGUUCCUGGAAAAACUGCUGACCUGCUCCCGAGAAGGAGGUAAUAUCUGUGGCAAUUCCCAGCCUUUGCUGGAAGAGCCUCCUCCCCAUGGCAGGAAACUCUUGAACCACAGCCAGGCCCUGCCCAUGACCCCUGCCCUGCCUCCACUCCUCUGCUACUCAUUUCAGAGCCCCUCCCUCAAUUCCCCUUAUAAAAGCACAGUCUCUCCUGCCCUGAUGAACCAUCUCAGAUCCCUGCAAGACAGGUAAGUGGGAGCUGAGAGAAGAUGAGACCUGACAGAGGUUUCACCUCCCACAUUUCAGGGGGUGGUACACAAGGAUGCCUGGGCUCAGAGAACACAGGAGCUCUGAGACCAGGCAAAGGCAGUCCUGGUUGGUGGGGAUGUACAGAGUUUCCAGUUGUUUCCAGAAUUAUAGCAGGGCAUGGCUUCUAUCAAGAUGGAUUUAUUCCUAGGGAACUAGACAGAGAGAAAGACAAGAGGUACAACAGGGGGUUGCUCACACCCUUCCUGUGACCACCCUUCCUUUAGUUCUCUGACUGCCUCCACACGUCACAGACAUGAUGCUGCCUUCCAUGGGCCUCCCCAGCCUGUUCUGGAUGCUGCUGUCCUGCCUGAUGCUCCUGUCUCAGGUCCAAGGUGAAGAUUCCCCAGCAGACAUGCCCUCUGCACGGAUCAGCUGCCCCAAAGGCUCCAUGGCCUAUGCUUCCUACUGCUAUGCCUUGUUUAUAACACCCAAAACCUGGAUGGAUGCAGACAUGGCCUGCCAGAAGCGGCCCUCAGGACACCUCGCGUCUGUGCUCAGUGGGGCUGAGGCAUCCUUCGUGUCCUCCCUGAUCAAGAACAAUUUGAACGCCCUCUCAGACGUCUGGAUUGGGCUCCACGACCCCACCGAGGGCUUGGAGCCCAAUGCUGGUGGAUGGGAGUGGAGUAGCUCUGAUGUGCUCAAUUAUGUUGCCUGGGAGAGAAACCCCUCCACCAGCUCAUACCCUGGCUACUGCGGGAGCCUGUCAAGAAACACAGGAUAUCUGAAAUGGAGAGAUUAUAACUGCUAUGUGAAUUUACCCUAUGUCUGCAAGUUCAAGGACUAGGUCAGAGAGGAUGUCAGCUUCCUGAUUCUGCUGCAAAGCUCCUCAUGGACUUGGAACCAAGUGUGAAAACCCAACUCGGAAUGGGAUUUUCACCCCAUGACCCCAACCUGACUACUUUCCCCUAGCUUCCCCUCCUCCCAGCCUUGUUUAGGCUUUUUGGUUUCUUCCCUAACCUGAGUUUUCCAGAUACAAUAAAAAAAAUAAUUCUUC